GGGCGCUUUCCGUAGCAGCAGUUAAGUCACCAGAGCGAAACAUGGCUGCCAUCAGGAGCGGGGUGACUCCGAGUUGCCUGGCAAGAUGUUUCCUAAGACAGACUGGAAAGCCGAGCAGGGGCAGCCGUCCACUUCCAGAGACAUGGAGCCACAGGUUACCUCAGAGGUCCCAUCUCCACACAGUGCUGGAGGGCAGGGGUCCUGCCAGCAGGGCCGUCCUGGGACACAGACACAGUGACCGGCUCCUGUUGGUCAGCGCCGUGGCUGUCAGGCACAGCAGCUCACAGAUUCCAGUUGAAACGGCAGCUCCAGAGGUGGGCGCCUCCGCUCCUCCUCCGGGCUUGGAGUCCUCUCCCGCCCUCGUGUCCGCUGACCCCGCCCCUGUCGUAAUGCCGCCAGUUGUAGAGCAGGCGGCUGAGGCUCCACCGGCUGCUGCGGAGGUCCUGCAGGCUGCGGUUACAGAUUCCAGCUUGGCGGAGCUGGGACUGGCCAACCACACUCCAGUCGGGCUGAUCCAGAACCUGCUGGAGUUCAUUCAUGUGGAUCUGGGUCUGCCGUGGUGGGGUGCCAUCGUUGCAGGGACAGUUCUGGCUCGUUUGGCCGUGUUUCCGGUCAUCGUGAAGGGCCAGAGGGAGGCGGCCAAGCUGAACAACGUGCUGCCUGAGAUGACCAAGCUCACCACCAGGAUGAAUGAGGCCAAACAGAGCGGAAACAAAUUUGAAUUUGCUAAGGCCUACUCUGAGCUGAACCUGUUCCAGAAGAAGCACGAUGUCAAUCCUCUCCGUGGCUUUCUGGUGCCUCUGGUGCAGGCCCCAGUGUUCAUCUCGUUCUUCAUCGCGCUGAGGAAGAUGGCCUACCUGCCCGUGCCCAGCCUGCAGACAGGGGGCGCACUCUGGUUCCCAGACCUGACAGCAGCAGACCCGUUCUACAUCCUGCCUCUGGCCGUCACUGGAACCAUGUUCUUCAUCCUGGAGUUGGGGGCAGAAUCCGGCGUGGACAACCCCAACCUCCGAGCCAUGAAGACGGUGUUCAGGAUCAUGCCCUUCAUCAUCCUCCCCCUCACUAUCAACUUCCCCACGGCGGUCUUCACCUACUGGCUGACCUCCAACUGCUUCUCCCUGGGCCAGGUGGCCUUGCUCAGACACCCCUUGAUCAGAGAUAAGCUGAAGAUCCCGGAGAGGAUCAGCCACCCGGCGUCCGCCCUGCCCCAAAACGAUGGCUUCAUCGAGAGCAUGAAGAAAGGUUGGAAGAACGCUCAGCUCGCCCAGCAGCUGGAAGAGCGGGAAAGGAGAAUCAAAAACCAUCUGGACCUCGCUGCAAAAGGUCCACUGAGGCAGACGUUUACCCACAAUCCUCUGCAACAGACAGGCCCACCCUUGGCUGCAGCAUCAGCCAAAGACAAGCCAGCCAGCGGCAAGGCGAGGCCCUGGAAGGAGACCAUUGGAUAGAUACAACCAAGUGCUUGAUAUCAUCAUUAACUAAUGUGUACAUAUUUAUGGACAGAGGAAGUGGAAGACGGGGCGAUGUGGGAAGUGGUUGUGGUUAAAUAUGAUCAUGUAUGUAUGUAUUAUUCUAAUUAAAGAGCAAAAUCUGCCUCA